UCAAAGGGAAUAACGCUGCCAAGCCUCCUGUGUCGUGUACCGCAUAACUACGAAACGCUCUCGGUGUGCCCGAAGAUUGGGGCCAUUAGUCACUUCGCCAUGUGGCUACAGUUGAUUUUAGCUUUACAACAGUGCUGUCCAGACGAUGUGCUAGCUCAUCCUCCAUUUGAGAACAGCAUAGCUCCUCUACUACCUACUUUGAGGGUAUAGUCUUCUUCUUGUGUUGCGAGCGAGUUAGUGUGUGCCUAGUGUGUCUCUCCGGCGCUCCUGCCUCUAUCGAUUACUGCAAGCUUUGGUCGCUCCGCGGCGUGUUCUGGUAGCUGGCAUUCCUAGGGAUGCUGGUGCCUGGACUUACCAGCUUCACCUUCAUCAUCGUCAUCGACAUCAUCCUGCAUUCCUGAAAUAUCACGUGACCGUCAAUGCUGCAGUCUUGCUUCCUGAUGAGCUCCGCUUCUGUUUGCCUCAUCAACUGUGACCGCAGUGAACGUCUUGGAUCAUAAAAAGUCGAGAUUUCUGAGUGGCACAAGCUAAAGCCUUUAGCGCUUUUGUCGAAUUGGAUUUGCGAAUUUACAACAUCUUCCGUGAACAGUUGUCGGUGUCAUUGCCUCGCCAGUCAACGUAAGAACCUGGUCUGUGAACCGUACCUUGAACAUCACCGCGCGUGCUUUCAGUCUCUUCCUAAAGCUGUGUUAUCCUUAGUGUUUUUACUUAUCUCUGUAAGAUGCAACCAAGUGAUACAUGUACGAUUUAUGUACACCUCAGGUCAGUCUAGUCGAUAACCAUUGAGUAGAAGCGUGACGUCACUCCUAGCAACGAACGCACACCGCCCGCUGUGCCCGGCCACAGCUGCUCUUCGUUGAGCACACCUCCUUGAAGUCUACCCUACUUUUAGGCACAGCUGUCUGUCUGGUCCUUGUGUCUGCUGCUGAAGUCGUUACACCCUUCUAGGGUGCGCCCUUUGAUCUUCCAUUACAGCCUCACUCUUGACCUGUUUCUUCGUAGCCGCUGCUGCUUGAUCACUCGGCAUCAAGCGUAUGCUAAAUAUCACAGUGCUAUGAUCGUCAGUACUUCGUGCUACUCAGCUGGUGCUAAACUUCGCGACUAUUUUUGCGAUCUUUUUGUGGAUUAAUAUUAAAGGAUAACCUUUGCUCAGAUAAAAGUGCGUCCUCCAUUUAACAAUUUUGUGAUAACAAUUACCUUUAUAAGAGCGACAUUUGUGUCUAAGCUUAAAUCGAUCGGCGGUUCGGUUCAACUUUAACGCCGCCUGACGACUCAGGCAGGACCAGCGUACGUUGCCACCCUCGAUGUGUCAUGGUGCCAAAAAGUUUCCAAUUGGAUAUAACUUUGAAGUGAUCUUCGGUAAAUUGAUAUUAGGCGAGUAUGUUGCCUCAGACAUCGCCAUACAUGAGCAAUGGAGGUGGUGUAGUGAGUGGUGGUGCUGGUGGUGGUAGUGCAGGUGUUGGGAGAGGGGGAGUGGUUUGGAAUAACACACCUGGGAGGCCCAUGACCGGGCCCACUCCAGUGCCCACUGGUGGGCCCCACUACAGCCAGUUCAUUGAAAUGCCCAGGUUAAUGCCCCAGAAGCAGAUACAUCAUAGAUAUGACCAUGCCUGGGCUAAACAGUGCAUAAUACCUCCCAUUAUUGAUGCAGUAUACGGUGGUAACGUGGGUGCCGGCAUGAACCGGGGGGUGCCGUUCAUCGCCCAUCAACCCCAACCCCAACAACAACAGGAGCAGCAGCAGCAGCAACAACAGCCGCAGCAGCAACAGCAUCAUCAACAACAACAGCAACAACAGCAGUACCCUGUUGUUAAAGCGACGGUCGCUGCAGCGCUGAGCUACCAGAUGCGGCCCCAGGCUGGGGGACCGCCGCAGCAGAACAACAUGCCGGCGCACUCCCAGCACCAGCUCAUCACCAACGCUGCUGCCAUGCAAAUGCACAUGCAGCAGCAGAACAUGACGGGCAUGAACGUAGGCAACUCAGGACCAGGGCUCGGUAACAACAACAACGGAGUGCCACCGAGUGGCACUCCUGGUGUCACCAACGUUGGUCCGUCCGGGGCGCCCCCCAACCAGAGCCCGGCCCCAGGCCACGACCAGAACAACCAGAUGCAGCAGGGGCACCAACAGCAGCAACAACAACAACAUCCACAACCACUGAGCUCUGCUGGAGUCUUGGCAGCACCUGUUGCUGUUACCGGCACAAGCAUGCAGGGCCCUCCUGUUUUCGGGUCUAAUUCUCACCCUGCCAACCAUCAGAACAUCUACGCUUUCGCAGCGGGACAACAACGAACUGUUCCUGGCCAGCCUCCCAAUAUGCAAGAAAUGCACACUCAGCGGACACAGCCGUUCUACUUGCCAACCGCCCCCAACCCAAUAUUCAUGACCUAUGGGCUUCCACAAGGCCAACAUGCUGGCUACCCCUACAUACACCAGUAUUCUAACCAGCACGUCUCCGCUGUUCCCCGAGGACAAAUGGUCAAUCCUCAUGCAGCAGGAGUGUACUCCUACCCUGUGGCUGGAACAGCUGCUCCCGCCAACCCAAUUCCUCCAGCAAAGUUUGUCAAGAGGGAGAGGAAGCCCCUGGAGAUUGUCGACCCAAUCACAGGAGAGAAGGUGGUCAUCUCAUCAGCCACAAAUGAGAGGAAUGGAGCCAACAGCACACCGCCUGCUGGACAGAGCAAUGAUGGGUCUGCUAGAACAACACCCCAACCUGCUGACGACACUCCUAAGAGAAUAGAACGCAAUGCAGCCUGUGCUCAGUUUGCGGCUGAAAUAGCCAAGGUAGCUGGCCCUGCUGUCAAUAGGAGUCGAACCAACAGUGCCACUGUUGAAGCUGUUGAAAACAGAGAUCCGGCCAAGAAUGAACAGCUUGCACCUCAGUUUGAGGGUAAAAUUUUAGAAGGGGAAAUGCUUCCUCAUGUAAUUCCUCAGCAGCAAAUGCCACCCCAACAUAUGCCUCCAACUUCACAGCAACCUCUCCAGAUGGAGUCAGCCCCAGUCACAACCAACAUUCCCCCCCAUGCAGUACCCCAUUUCAGUUCCCCUCCUCCCCCUUACAACAAGAUCCCUGUGCAGGCAGGUGUUAUUCCUCAAGCCAUGCCCCUCAUGAACCCAGUAGGCAUGAACAUGGCGCCUCAUGCGGUCAUACAGCAACAAGCCAACAAAGUGAUCAACAGCCCUCCACUGAUGCCCGCCAUGAUGCAAAUGCCCCCCAACCAAAACAUGAUUCACCCCGCCAGACAAUACAUGCAUCAGGAUAUGCAGCAGAACAUGUCCCGUACACAGCCGCCCAUGGUGAGCAUGCCUAGUAAACCUGCUUCAGGUAUUGCUCCACCAGAAAUGCGACAAGGCAAACCUUCUAACAAACCUGAUGCUCUGCCAACCCAGAAUAACAACGCUGCUAUGGUGACUAUGUUGCCUCCUCCUAGGGUGGAAACGAGCCCUCCUUCAGGUGUUAUUAUGACCUCGCCUCCACCCCAGGUGUCGGGGCCACCGCCUACAGCUACCAUGGCACCCUCUGCUGAGAUGCAGGCUCAACAGCAGCAGCAGCAUUUAGCUCAUGUCGUGCAACAGACACAAUUCUUGCAACAGCAAAUGAAGGAGCAGCAGUAUAAGGAACAACAGUUAAAAGAACAACAGUUGAAAGAACAGCAAUUAAAAGAACAGCUCUUAAAAGAACAGCAGAUGAAAGAACAGCAGAUGAAAGAACAGCAGAUGAAAGAACAACAGAUGAAAGAACAACAGAUGAAAGAACAGCAGUUGAAAGAACAACAGAUGAAAGAACAACAGCUGAAAGAACAACAGUUGAAAGAACAACAGAUGAAAGAACAGCAGUUGAAGGAACAGCAGUUAAGAGAACAACAGUUAAAAGAACAGCAGUUGAAAGAAAAGCAGUUAAAAGAAAAGCAGUUGAAAGAACAACAGUCGAAGGAAAAUAAAUUAAAGGACCAUCAACCCAAAGAGCAACAACACUCAAAGCAGCAACAAGGCAAGGAGAAGCGAGAUAAGCAGAAGUCAACUGACGCUGCACAGCAACACCCUACACCGCCUGCUGCAGGAGGGACUCCUGUAAAUGCUGCUGCUGCUGAGGUCUCUGCUCCUGUCACGGCUGCUCCCCAGCAACAGCCUUCCUCAUCCGCUGGGGCAGCGGAGAAGAAGCAGGCACCUGCGCCUCCUAAGGAGAAAUCUUCCCAAGUGGAUCAACCUCGAGCGUUAGAAGCCGACAGCGCCCCUAGUGUGCCCCCUACCUCACUUCCUAGUGUCGGUCACGAUGCUCCUUCAACCGCAAGCAAGAAUCAGAAGCCUUCAAACGAUGCCCAAGCACCCGCUGAUCCGAAAGAAAAAUCUGAACCCAACAAGCGCAAGGUUUCCGCUACGUUCAAGACCCACGAGAUGAACGGGGUGGCUGAGCCAGAGCCAUCCGAGGCCAAAGAGACUGGUAAUCGUAAGUCAACAGAGGACCCUAAAUCCCGCAAGCAGCGUGUUUCUGGUUCUUAUGUGGAUGGAGAAGUUACUGGUAAAGAAAAAGAAAGUAUGGUUAAGACAGUAUCACCUACUCAAGCUACAGAGGAGCCUUCAGCCGAUGCUGAAAGUAAGAACGAAGGAGCUAGACGGAAGUCUACCACUGUUGUCGAGGCAGAAGAAAGCACUGAUGCGAGAGUGGAGCAGAUGGAAGAUGCUGAAGAAGUUUCAGAAGAUGAGUUAGAGGAGGUACCUGUUCCUGCUUAUGAGUAUCAAGACAACCAGUGGAGCCCGUACAACGAAGCUGGAGCUAAGUCGUACGACCGGAAUUUCAUGAUGCUGGCACGUUCUUAUGCCACGCGACCUCCCAGAAAUCUCGUAUCUCUCGAAGAAUUAGAGCAGAGAAGGAAGACAACCAAUCGUUCCAGUUCACAGCAGUCAAAUCGAGAUGGAGGUCACACAGAUUUUACUCCAAAUUACUUGCGUAAUCAAGGAAGCCACCGCGAUAAAGGAGGAUAUCCAGGUCAAAUACAUCGCGGAUCGAACAGCAUGAGGGGUGCCAAAAAGAUGCCCAAAGUGAUCGACGCCAAACCAAAUGCAGGAAGGAUGAACUUGAAAACUACUGAUAAUGCGUGGGUUCCUGUUAGUAAAUCAUCAGCUUCUGUUGACGAUGAAGCGAAAGUACUCAGAUCAAUGCGUGGACUUAUGAACAAGAUCUGCCCGGAAAAUUACGACAAAUUGAAAGAUCCGUUUAGAGAUACCAUUGUAAAAAAUAGUAAACAUAUGAAGUCAUUAGUUAAUCUAAUUUUUGAUAAAGCUGUUCUUGAGCAACAUUUCGCUGGAGAGUAUGCAAAGUUAUGUAAAUAUGUAGUGGACAACAGAUCGGAUUCAAAAAAUUCUAGUCCUGAAGUAAUGUCCUUCCGAAAUUCUCUCCUUGCAAAAUGUCAACAUGAGUUUGAAAAAAGACACAAAGAAGAAGCCCUGCGGAAUCAAGAAAUUCAAAAGUCCUUGGAUCGAAUUUCAAAGUGCACCGAUCCUGAGCAGAAGAUUAAACUGGAGAAGGAACACGAAGAGAAAUUCCUUGACAAGACUGCUCUUCAACGAGCGAAACUAUUGAAGGAAAUAGACGAGUGCGAAGCCGAAGAUAAGAAGAAAAUCCUAGAAGAGGAAUUAGAGCUUUUGGACGAAGUCACACGUCGCAAGUCAGUUGGCCUCAUUAAGUAUGUGGCAGAGCUUUAUAAGCAGGAGUUGCUUCGUUCUAAAAUUAUUUUAACCCUUCUGAAGGAUUUAGUUGCCGACAUUCACCGCUCGGAGCAAGCCGAAAUCUUGUGCAAGCUUUUCAUUACCAUCGGUGCAGUUCUGUGGAAUCAAGUUGACGCUCAAGGCAAAAAUACCAUCAAAACCUGCAUUAGUGACAUCAAGAAGCACUCACAAGUUGUCAAAGAAAGCCGCAUCAAAUUCAUGUUGUUGGAUGUUAUCGAUUUGUUCGAAAAUGGAUUUGUUGCCAAACAUAGAUCUCAAAAACAAGUUGGCCCUACAACUAAGGCUCAGGUUCUUGAGAACAUGUCAGUUGAACAGCAAUUAGAUAAACAAAUUGCUAUGGCGUCCUCUCACAACUCCGGCAACCGACAUUCGGAAGGCAAAUUCCAAAGCGGACGCUACGACCGCGGGAGCAAUCACAGAGAUGGUUUCAGCCAGGAGAGCACGCAGAUCUGGAAGACAGUGAUGAACAGUUCAGCGCCUACAAAGAACCGAACGCCCUUCAUUAGAAGUUUGGGUCAGAACAACUCAGAUAGUGGAAGUGAAAAUCAGCGACUUGGACCUGGCGGCGCUGGUUUCUCCAUGUGGAGUAGAGGUGCUUCAGGCGGCGCAAGUGGUUCCAAAGACACUUCUCGCGGCAAUACAACUAACGCAAAUAACACUCCUAACCCCGUACGCGGCAAUAGGUUUGGCAUUUUCGCUCAAGAUGAUGAUUUGGGUGGGCCUGAGAUGCACUCACGCCACAUGGGACAUAGAAAUAAUCCCUUCACCAAGAACAGCACAUCAGAUAAGGAUGGCGGUGCUGCGUCGAGAGGAGGCUACGGGGAUUCUAGGGGAGAGCAAAUGAGAGGAGCAUCACUGGGUGACCGCGGCAACAACAUGGGCCGCAACGCGUAUGCACAGAGCGGCGAUGUUCGCAACAAGUCUCUGAGCAGAGAGCCCAUGGCUGCAGCCGAGACCCAGGGCAGCAAUGGUCGCUAUCAAAACAGCGGCUCACCCAGCCUGCCUGCCAGAGACGAGUCGCCGCCCUCUGACGAGCCUGAGGAGGAGAUCAGACAGAAAAUUCUCUCCACCACCGAGGAGUACUUAGGCGUUCAAGAUUUGACGGAGGUUAUAUGGAACAUUGAGAACCAGAUCAAAACUAAGAACCUGAAGCACUUCGUCAGCGUCAUUCUGAAUGCUUGUUCGGAAAAGAAAGCAAGCGAGAGGAAGGCCAUAGGCGAGCUCUUCUUAGAGCUCUUCAACAAGCGAGUGCUCACUGAGUCCGUCUUCUUAGCAGGGGCUAAAAUGGUGAUGUCGGACUUGCCCGAUAUUUCUGUAGACGUUCCUCAAGUUACUCAGAACGUUAGCUCCAUGAUCGCUCCAUCCCUAAUGAGAGGACAUCUAAAAUUAAAGGACAUCUGGACUCUGGCUCAAGACGCAGAUCACCUCAAGAUCAAGUUCUUCUGCCACACGCUCAUGAACAUUGCCAGCAUCAGGGAGGAUGAAGCCCUCAGGCUGUGGGUGACGUCUGACCUCAAGUGGGAAGAGAUCUUCAAGGUAGAAGGCAACGCUCGCCCCUAUGACAUUUCAGAUGAGCUCAAUCGCUACAAUUUGAGCUUCCUGCUUACAUCAGAGGAUGAGUCAAUGAGCGAUUACUACCAUCAAUGGUGCAAGAAGCAGAAUUUGGCGAACAUCAACGAUCGCACUGCCAUGAAAAAGCUGGUCACGGAUCUCGUGAUGCCUUUAGUGAAAGGGUCCGAAAUCACUGCUGAGAUUGACGACUUCGACAACCUCUGUGACCGUGCUGAGGGCCUGAAACGGUUCAUUGAGCAAGAGAAAUGCGAUAGACAGCAAGUGGAGCUGUCCGUUCUUUACGCCAUGCAAGCCAUCGCGGUAGCAAAUGGAGUUCCUAAAGGCCUCUUGGAGUGCAUGUUUGAUGCGGCCAACACCACUUUACUCGUGUCUCUGGAGAGCUUCCAAGCAUGGGAGUCGACCGACAAUGAUGAAGAAGCUGGCCAAGGAGUAUGUGUAACCUCUGUCAAAAACUUUAUCAGAACAAUAAGUAACAAAACACCUAUAGGUUAAUACUUAACAUAUUGCCUUAGUGUUUUGUACAUAUAAGAAAAAUAUUUAUGACUGAAGUGUAAAUACAUCAAUAAUGUUAUUUUGUAUGUUAGUAUUCAUCGAUAAUGUUUGUUAUAUAAUGUUUAUUUCAACCUGUUGCGUGACGAGGCACGUCCAGAUCACCGACAGGUUUGAACUAAGCAGAGAGGGAUUGCUAUUGUUCGUGUGAAUGCGUGAAAUAAAUCUGUUUUCUCAUGACAGCUCAA